UUUCGAGGACCCCGCAAAGUCCAGGACUCGCACUUUUGAACCAAAAGGAAUCGACCCGGCCGUUGACUGCCAGUCAGUCCACUAUCAAAUCCACAGUGGUGGAUCGCAGGCGCAUAGGAUUUCGGAGUUAGGGCUACUCCCGACACGCCCUGAUUCAUCUGCAAGACAUCCGCACUCUUGCAUUAUCGGCUUGCCCUCGUCAUGUUUCCAACAACCCGUCCAACUCCCAGUCCCAGCGUCGUGACACCAUGGUGAAGGGCGAACAGCGACCGAGUCUGACGUUGGCGAAGGCUGGUAGUCGUCGGCCAAAGACGCCUGCCUCGCGACCGGCCAGGAAGACGGAUGAUGACGGCAGUGAGUCGCCCAAAUUCGACCGGCCAAAGUCUCGCCAUCGGGCUUCUGUGGCUUGCGUUACUUGUCGAGACCGUCGAAUACGUUGUGUUGUUCCGUCCGAUGAUACCAGAUGUGUCCAGUGCAGCAAGACCGGCGUGCAAUGCAUCAUAAAGAAUGACGACGAGAGACGAAGGCCAAUCUCACGAGCAUACAUGUCCUCCCUGCUCGACAGGAUAUCAAUGCUAGAACAGAUGCUUGUUGACCAAGGGAUCGUACCACCCCCUGCGAACCACCCACCACAAACACGACACCACGGACCCGAUGAGCUGCCCUCAGUCACAUUCUCUCCUCACAUGCCGGACUCAGGCUCCGAGAACACUGGCGACGUUGAGAAGACGGAGAGCUUUAUGCGGACAGACCAGUUCGGCUCGGCCACGCAGUACAUGGACAUGGAACACAAGGCUAUGGCACCAGCAAGCCGGGACAAUACAACCAUGAGACACACAGCUCCCGGCUUCCCACAAGCACAGCCGAUCCCCCCACGCGACGGCAUGGUCAAGAAACUCCUCUCGACGCAAGGCCACCUCAGCUUCGACCAGCUCAACGGCCGGCUCCGAUACUUCGGACCGACGACAAACUGCCACGUCCACUCCGGGAGCGAGGUCGCGUCGCGCGAGCUCAAGGGCUUCCAGGAGCACGAGAAGCGCGCCGCACACAUCAUCAGCCUGCUUCCCACCGCCACCCACGCGUACCUGAUGGAGCUGUUCUGGCAGCACUACAACUCCGUCAUGCACGUCGUGCACCAGGAGGCGUUUACGGACGACUACAAGCAUGGCGGGCGCAGCUUCUACUCGCCCUAUCUGCAUGUCUGUGUGUUGGCUAUGGGGUACAGGUUUGCGGAUAAGGCGCGGCCGGAUAUGCAGAGGCUUGUGUUUGCGCGGCGGCAGAGUACGCUGCAUAGUGCGGCGAAGGAUAUGCUUGAUAGCGAGCUGGAGCAGCCGGGGGGUGUCACGUCGGUUGUGGCGCUCUUGUUGCUUGGGGACUUGGAGUGUGGUGUUGGUCGUGACAACCUUGGUUGGAUGUAUAGCGGAAUGGCGAUACGGCUUGCAUUUGACAUCGGUCUCCAUCUCGAUUCUCGAGCUUCAGGAUUCGCAGAAAGAGAAGUCGAUAUCCGGCAGAUGACAUUAUGGGCCUGCGUCAUCUACGACAAGUACUGGGCAAUGUUCCUCGGACGGCCUACCAGCAUGAAGAGCGCAGAUCUAGAAAUCUAUUACCUGGCCAAACAGUUCGAGAGACUAGGAACAUGCAAGCCCGCUGGACCAGGCAAAUCUCUCGAGACACUAAUCUACGAGGCACUCCUGGACCUCAUGGAACUCGCCGGCCGCAUCUCCGACCGCUCACACCUCCACAAGGAAUCUCAAACCUCACUCGACCGCGACGCCUACUCCAAGAUGGUCAAGCUCGACCACGAGCUCAACAAGUGGUACACCCGCCUCCCCGAGCCCCUGAAAUGGAACGCAGAAAACGUCGCCCGAGCCCCCUUCUCCUUCUUCCUCCUCCACCAACAGUAUCAUUCCUCACUCAUCCUCCUGCACCGCCCCUUUUCACAAUAUGAAGACGACGUCCAGAAGAAGAGCGGCGGCCCGAUAUCACGCGUCGCCGCGCUCUCGCGCAGCGUGUGCACGAAGCAUGCCGUCUGCGUCUCGAAGAUCUUCUGGCAGCAUCGCCAGCGCUUUAAUACGAAGCAAGUGUGUAUCUCUGCCCUGCAGCAUGCCGGCACAGCCGCAACCGCCCUCAUCGCCGCCCUAGCAUUCAUGAAAGACUCCACCGAGCGCGGCAACAACAUGCAAUACCUCGAAUGCAUCGCCGCCGCCCUCCAGGACAUGGCCGACACAUACCAGCCCGCCGAGCGCAUGUCCGUCGUCCUCCAGGCCGUCGUCGCCGAGCUACGUGGCCCGCCCCCUGAUCCGCCGCCGCCGCCUCCACAAGACCUCGUCUUCUCCCGCCCCGUCCGUCGUGAUACCACCACCACCACCACCACCACCACAUCCACAUCCAAUACACCCAAUACCAAUCCAACGACAACCCCAACAAUAAACCCCCCAACCCACACUCCCCCCCUCACCCACGACACCUUCGCCACCGCCUUCGCACACCAAACACAACAAACACAACAACACCCCGACCCACACAUCCACCCCCAAACAAUGACUCCCACACCCCCGGAAGACCACGACAUCAUCCACCACCACCACCACAACCACCCAACAUACCCAAUCCCCAACCCCAACACCCCCUGGAAACCCUCCCUGGCCCUCCCCAUCCCCCCCGAUUCCUCACCACCACCCUCCUCCUCCGCCCCCGCCCCCCGUCCCGCACUGACCCAAGUCCUCCGUCUGAAUCCGUUCGCGCAUGCGCAUGCGGGGUUUGCGCUUUCGUCGCCGCUUGUGAAUGUACAAGCAAACCCCACCGCAACCGCAACCGCAAACAUGCAAACAUGGAUGGGCGCGCCCGCACCCUCACCCGCACCCAAUGCAUCAGCAUCCGCAUCCGCAUCAGCAGCAGCAGCAGCAUCUACCCCUCUUGAUAUCGAUCCGCAUGAACUAGCCCGGCUUGCAUCUGUGCAUUUUCCUGAGAUGAGCAUGAGUGGGGCGGGAGACGGGGGCCUGGAGGGGAAGGGUGGUAACGGAGCGGUUGGGGGUGUGGGUGUGGGUGUGGGUGGGGGUGUGGGGCCGUACGAUUAUAUGAAUCUUGAUGGGAGUGAUUGGAGGGAGUGGUGAGGGGUUAUGAUGGGGGAGGAGGGGGAUUAGGGUGGAAAGGGGAUGGGGAUUUGGGGAUGGGGAUUUAGAGAUUUUGUUUGAGGGGUUGAGGGUUGGUGUAUAUAGCUACGAUACGAUACG